GUCCAUGGGAGGAACGAGUCCAGACUCCGGCCCCAACUUUCCCAUAGCUAUGUUGAACCAGCCAGAGAGCAGCGAGAAUUUCAACAAAGACGCCGAGAGGAAUAAGUCGAUGCAAGACUACCAGGACCUGAGAUAUGGGAUGCAGGAUAGGUUCUACUUAAUGGGAGACCAGUGCCAGGGUUCCCCGGACUCUGUCCCUCUCCCUUACCCAAGCCAGCACAUCUCGGCCGCCGGGAUCACCGUGGGCAACGCCAGCAGGUAUUUGACACCGGCCUUGUCUAAUUGCCCCUACCCCGGCAAUAGACCGCAAGUCGCCGGAGUGCCCAGCUACCCGAGCCCAGGAACUGAAGUCUACGCGGCAGGCACCGACUCCUUCUCUGCCCCCUACCCUCACACCUACCAACGGACUUCACUCUGCGCGGUGCCGGGGUUGCAAGCAUCGGGGAAGGUGCAGAUUAUGCUAUGCAACUACCAACUCUGGUCUAAAUUUCACAAGCAUCAAACGGAGAUGAUAAUCACCAAACAGGGCAGGCGGAUGUUUCCUUUCCUGAGUUUUAACAUCACGGGCCUGGAUCCUUCUGCUCACUAUAACAUUUAUGUGGAUGUUAUCCUGGCAGACCAACAUCACUGGCGAUACCAGGGAGGAAAGUGGGUGCAGUGCGGCAAGGCAGAAGGCAACAUGCAAGGAAACCGGAUGUACAUGCACCCGGACUCACCAAACACAGGAGCCCACUGGAUGCGGCAGGAAAUCUCCUUUGGUAAACUCAAGCUGACCAACAACAAAGGAGCAUCCAACAACGUCACCCAGAUGAUCGUGCUGCAGUCGCUGCACAAGUACCAGCCGCGACUUCACGUGGUGCAAGUCAAGGAGGACGGAACCGAAGAGCCGUUCCUCACGUCAAAGAUGCAGGCGUUCACGUUCCCCGAAACGCAAUUCAUCGCUGUCACCGCCUACCAGAACGCUGAUAUCACCCAACUUAAAAUAGACCACAACCCUUUUGCAAAGGGCUUCAGAGACAAUUUUGACUCAAUGUACACCACUUCGGAAGGAGAUCGCCUGACUCCCUCUCCGCCCGACCAGCAGAACUGCCAGCAGUUAGUGCCUGGCCCUCGCUACCAGCCUUUCCUUCACGACCAGUAUAUGAAUGCCCUGCCCCAGGGCAGGUACUACAAUGGAGAACGGACUAUGUCCCACACGUCCAAGCACAGGGAGGACAUCACAAACCCUCACCGCUGGUUCAUGUCCCCAGUCCAGCAGUCCACCGCCAACCGGCUAGAUUUCAGCACGUACGAUCCCGACUACUCGGGGAACGCGUUUAUGACUUACAGCAUGAAGGGGUUCCCUCUCCAAGCAAGUCCCCAUGCCCUUGGUUACUACCAGGAUCAUCCAUUCAGUUCGGGUAACACCUGGGGUGCCAGGGGGACAGCCGGCCAGUACCACCACGGCAAGCCUGGUUCAGCUCUGACCUGGUACAGACCGGUUGGCGAUGCCAGGCCAGCGCUGCCCAGCCUGGAGGACAAAAGCAAGGAAGCGGAGGACUCCUCCUGGCUCGAGCCCCCCUCUGUAAAGUCCGCAGACUCCUCCGACUCGGGACUGUACGAGGUGGAGUGUAAACGGAGGAAGGUGUCUCCCUACACCUCCAGCACCGAGAACUCGCCCCCCAACCAGAGCAGCGAGAAGGAAAACGGCAGCGAUACCGGCUACUACAGUUUCUACGCCAACUGAGUCACUCCCCGGGCAGCGGCGGGCGAGACCCUGACCAGUGAUAUGUGUGUGUGUGCUGCAAACUCACUCUGCUACCAACUCCUGAGACUGGCCAACACUGUCUCACGCCCCUCAACACCAGCGCAGGCAGUGGGCAAUGCCCCUUUAAUAUCCAU